AAAAGAAGGGUCAUCCAAUUCCACGUGAAAGCGUAGAAUAGAAACGUGUGUGACUUAACACUGACAACUAAUAAGGAAUUUCAUGAACGUUGAAAAACAAGUGUCAUCAGAGUAAAAAAUACCCAAAAACAAAAAGCAAAAAACCCUUUGGUUUCAUCGUCAAAAUUGUUUGCUGUUUUUAACAGCAACAAACACAGAACAAUUAUGUAUGUUGUUCACCAAAAUUGAAAUGGAAAAAAAGAGGCAAAUCAAGGAGAAGGAAUGGAGAAGCUGCAUUGAUUACUGGUUUUGGUUGAUUGGUUAUGUGUGUACAAUUUGGUGGCUUGUUUCUUUUCUUUAUCAGUGUUUGCCUGUUAAAUUGAUUGGUUUUGAAGCAAUAGAGUCACCUGGGUUGAGGCUUAAGCGUGAAGGGGUGAUAGGAGUUCACCCUAUUGUUCUUGUGCCUGGCAUUGUUACUUCUGGACUUGAACUUUGGGAAGGGAGGCCUUGUGCUGAUGGACUUUUUAGAAAGAGAUUGUGGGGUUCCACUUUUCCUCAAAUUCUCAAAAGGCCUUUGUGCUGGUUAGAGCAUCUCUCUCUGCAUAAUGAGACUGGUCUGGACCCGCCGGGAAUUCGAGUCAGGGCAGUAUCUGGGCUUGUUGCGGCUGACGAUUUUGCUUCCGGCUAUCACGUUUGGGCAGUCUUAAUAGAAAAUUUGGCAAGAAUUGGUUAUGAAGGGAAGAACUUGCACAUGGUUGCCUAUGACUGGAGACUCUCUUUCCAAAACACCGAGAUUCGAGACCAAGCUCUUAGUAGAUUGAAAAGUAAAAUUGAGCUUAUGUUUAUAACGAAUGGAUAUAAGAAAGUGGUAGUUGUGCCUCAAUCUAUGGGGUCUAUUUAUUUCCUCCAUUUCCUAAAUUGGGUUGAGAAACCUCCUCCUAUGGGAGGUGGCGGUGGUCCAGGUUGGUGCGAAAAACAUAUCAAAGCAAUCAUGAAUAUUAGCCCGGCAUUUCUCGGUGUUCCAAAAGCAGUUAGCAAUAUAUUUUCCGCUGAAGGCAGUGAUGCUGCAUUUGUCAGAGCGGUGACUUCUGGUGUUUUAAAUUUUGAUUACCUUGGUCUUCAAACGGUGGAACAUGUCUUGCGGGUUUGUAGAACUUGGGAUUCAAUCAUCUCAUUGAUGCCAAAAGGCGGUGAAACCAUAUGGGGUGGCAUGGAUUGGCGUCCUAAAAAAUCGAAUAAACUUGCGAAGCACUUUGUAAGUAACAAUACUUAUAGCUGCGGUGAUAUGCAGAAAGGUCUCCACAUAAAAGAACCUAUCAAGCAUGGGGGAGUUAACUCUUUCGGAAAGGCUGUCUCCCAGUUACUUGCUUCACUUCUCACUACACUUGAUUCAGAAUCAGAGGAAAUUUCUUCUAAUUGCAAUUCUACUAAUAUUAACUUAUCAUGUGGGAAUGUUCGGACUGAAUGUAAUGAGAUGCACAGAGAAAGCACACCGAAAGUUGCUAAAAGAAAGGGUAAUACAGGAAGAACUGAUCUUGAUUCACUUAAUUUUGUGGAUCCAAAAAUGAUGAAGCGUGCCGAGGCUCAUUUCUCUCACGGGAUAGCAGAUAACUUAGAAGAUCCUAAAUACACUCAUUACAAAUAUUGGUCUAAUCCACUUGAAACCAAACUACCGGACGCUCCAAAUAUGGAAAUAUAUUGUCUAUAUGGUGUUGAAAUUCCUACUGAAAGAUCACUUGUACACAAGUUGUCCGCUUCUGACAAGUACAAGCAUAUUCCUUUCAAGAUCAGUAGUUCAGCUGAUGAAGAAAAGCGAAGUGUAUUACAAAAUGCUGUUUAUUUUGUGGAAGGUGACGAGCGUGCGAGUGUUGUAAGUUCAGGGUUCAUGUGUGCAAAAGGAUGGCGUGGAAAAACACGGUUCAAUCCAUCCGGCAUGGCCACAUAUAUAAGAGAGUAUCAGCACAAACAACCAAGUAGUGUUCUUGAAGGGAGAGGUCUAGAGAGCAGAGCGCGCGUCAACGUUAUGGGAAACGUCGCAGUGAUUGAAGAUAUUUUACGAGUUGCUGCUGGAGUUACUGGUGCAAAUAUUGGAGGAGAUAAGAUAUAUUCUGAUAUCACGAGGAUAUCUGAGAGGAUAAAUCUCAAAUUGUGAUUACGUUCAACAAUAGAAGAUAUUUUCUAGUAUAGACUAUAGAAGAAUUAAAUCUACAAGGUUAACGCAGUAUUAGAAUAUAAGCCACAAAAAUAGGUAUAUUAGUGAAUUUUGGUUUGUUAUAUAACCAUUUUCCAUCAAGAGGAAGAAGCUGUUAGAUUUCUACGUUGAUGAUGUUCUUUUUGGUAGAAUGGAAGCAUCUAAUCUAAAGUGAAUAAUUUACUCUAGAAAAUUAAAUAAGUAAUACUAAUUAUAGUUGACGGUCAAAUUAAUGAUGAAUAUUGUUCUCACUCUUUUCUCUUA